AUGUCCUCUCUCAAACUCCAUGGAAGAAGAAGGCUCUUCUUCGACUUGCCUAAUUUGAGAUUCUCCUUGCAAAAUGCAUCUCCUUUCUCCUCUGCCACUGCUGCAACUGUGAGUCCUCGGAAAGGUCAAAACUUUACAGUCUCUGUUGCUUACCUCGUUGAAUCUCUGGGUUUCACCACAAAACUCGCGGAUUCAAUCUCAAAGAAAGUCAGCUUUAACAAGGACAACAUUGAUUCUGUUCUGAAUCUCUUUAGAACUCAUGGCUUCACUGAUUCUCACAUCUCAAACAUCAUCACAGUUUACCCACAAGUGCUUAUAAUAGCAGAUUCUCUUGCUCCCAAGCUUGAGUUUCUAAAGUCAAGAGGAGCUUCAGCCUCUGAGCUCACUGAGGUUCUUUCUAAAGUUCCUAAGAUAUUGGGAUCCAGAAGGGACAAAGCUUUAAGCAGAUACUAUGACUUUGCCAAAGAGAUUGUACAAGCUGAUAAGAGCUCCACCUUCAAGAAGUUGCAUCCUUCUUCUCUGUUGCCACAGGGUAGUCAGCAAGAGAACAAAAUCAGGAACAUAUCAGUUUUGAGAGAAUUAGGAGUGCCUCAGAAGCUUUUGUUCUCAUUACUAACAUCCCAUGUCCAGUUUGUAUGUGGGAAGGACAAGUUUGAAGAGUCACUCAACAAGGUCCUUGAGAUGGGUUUUGAUCCCACCACCACCACCCUUAGGUUUGUGGAUGCUCUGCGUAUACUUUACGCACUGAGCGACACAACAAUGAAAGCAAGAGUGGAAGUCUACAACAGGCUAGGCUUUACAGUGGUCGACGUGUGGACAAUCUUCAAGAAGUGGCCAACCUUCUUGUCAUACUCGGACAAGAAUAUAGCUGACUCCGUCAAGACAUUUCUAGAGAUUGGCUUCAGCAGAGAUGAGUUUGUGAUGAUUGUCAAGCGGUUUCCACAGUGUCUUGGGUAUUCUGCGGAGAUGGUGAAGAAGAAGGCUGAGUUUUUGGUGAAGGAGAUGAAUUGGCCGCUGAAGACUGUGGUUUCAAACCCUUCAGUACUUGGACGGAGUAUGGAGAAGAGGAUUGUCCCAAGGUGUAAUGUAAUCAAAUGUCUAAUGUCCAAAGGUUUGAUCAGAAGUGAACAACUCCCUUCUAUACAUUCUGUCUUGAUAUGUACCGAUCAAGCCUUCUUAAGUAAGUAUGUGAUGAAGCAUGAUGAUGAUAAGCAGCUUGUGGCUGAGAUGAUGGCUAUCUUCACUAGAGGUCGUGUUAAGUAACUUUUAAUGGUUGUGUUUUUUGUUUUUGUUUCUCUGUUGAUUUUAGAUCCAUAUGUGGAUCUUUUGAUGCUGACUGUAGGAAACAUAUGAAGUGCA